AUGGGAAACUGCGUAUGCGUAACAAACAAAACGACGACGUCAUGUUCCGGAGACGACUGGGGAUUAUUUAGCAAGAGGAGAAGAACAAGAAGGUCCACCGUGUUCCACGACGACGACGACGGAGAGAAGCUGCUCGGUGAAACAAAUAACGUGAUGUCAUCGAGCUCGCCACCGUCUUGUGGGAAAAGAGAGAUUAAGAUAAAGAUGACGAGGAAGGAGUUUGAAGAUCUCAUGAGAGACAUUGAUAUGAAGGGUUUGACGGUGGAGGAGAUUCUUUCCAAGUUAGUUUUUGACGGCGGAGAUCAAAUCGGAUUCGCCGCCGAUCUUUCUAAUCAUCACCAACAGCCGUGGAGACCUGCGUUACAAAGCAUCCCUGAGAUCGAUUAA